GCCGCAUCGGGCUGGGGGCUAAGGUGGGCGACUGGGCGCACGGGCCACCUGCAGCCUCUAAGGCCCUAAGCUCUUCUGGCGUUGAAACCCUCGAAGGCUUCCUUCCUCCCUUCCUUUCUUUCUUAGACAGACCAGGUAUUAUUUGAAAUUCUACAAUCUUGAGCAAGACUUGAGAGCCUCGCCUCUCCUAUGUCCCUCCCGUAACACUAGGUACGAAGGCAUCCGCAGAGGCAAUCACGCUGCACAUGCAUGUUCACUGCUCAUCUCAAGUUUCGUCUGACAAUUCCGAGUCCUGUGUGGUGUCGGUGUCGACUGGUCCCCUCCUCACGAUGACCCAGUUCGAGAUUGCCACCCGGUCGCAAAUUCUCAGCCUAUUGGCCGUUGGUUUUGAACAUCGCCAGAUUUUCGACUACACUGGCGUGUCUCCAGACACUCAGAAGAUUUGGUGGAAAAAGGCUCUCAAGCGGGGAUUUGACCCUUCUGCACGGCCACUCCUGAUUCUCGACUGCCAUGUCGAAGAUGGCAAACGCACAGGUCGCCCUUGCAAAAGAGACGAGGAGAAGGACAAAGUCAUUGAGCUCUUUCAGGCGAAUCCGGACGGCGAGAAACUCUCGUACAAGGCCAUUGCGGAGCGGCUGGACAACCGUAUUUCAGCCGGUACUGUGCACCGCAUUCUGAAAGAGGCCGGGCUGAAGCCUUGAACGAAGCAUUGAUUCUUGGCCUGUCGUCAGUUGGCCCUCAAGUGCUUUUUAUAUGGGAAACGAGUGGUGUAUAAGCAACCACGAGAUGAGGCCCCUAAAGUACCUGUAGACGUAUCUUUGAAUAAGGGUUAAUUAGUGGUGGUCCUGGCUGGCUUGGCGCUUGCUUAUGCAUCAAAGCGGUGUACCGAGUUUCGGGGGCUGCUUCUAAUGAGACCUCCCCUGAC